UGAGUUCGCGGCAUACCACUAGUUCUUUUGGAUUCCGGCCGCUGGGCUUGAUAGUCACAAUCUUUGUGCCGCGUCCACCUAGGAACUAAACGUUUGUCGGUCCUCUCCAGGAUUCAAGAAUUCAAAGGUUACACUACUCUGCAUAACGAAAAAUCCCGGUUUGAACUGAUCACAAAGAGAUCGCUCGGAGAAUGGAGAGAGUCUCCUCGCCCACCUGGGUCGGAGAACAAUUUAUCAGCAAGUACUAUGAUGUGCUGGAGAAGCUGCCCAAGUACCAGCAUCGGUUCUACAAGGAGAAUAGCCUGUUCACCGUGUGCGAUGUCCAGCCCGAUGGCACGGUUCUCACGGAGACUGCUAGCGGCAACCUGGACGCCAUCCAGGAGAAGGUCAUGAAGACUAUCGCUAACGCGGUGGUUGCCGCGGACAAGACUCUGGACGCGCAGUUCUCGCAGAACAAUGGCGUGCUGCUUCAGGUGGCUGGAACGAUGAAGCUGCAGGGCGUGGACCGCAAGUUCGUGCAGGCCUUCUUCCUGGCCACCCAGGAGAAGGGCUAUUACGUCCUGAACGAUAUGCUGCGCAUCUUCGCGCCGGAGCCCGUCCGCCCGCCGAUGGAGAACGGCUUUGUGGGCGCGCACGUCGCGGCCAUCCCUCCCCCCGCGUUCGGCAUGGUGCCUGUGCCGAUCCCGGGUGGCCAGCUGCCCCCGCGUGUGGACAUGGUGCCCGCCAUGCCGCCUGGCAUCCCCGUGGUGCCGCCGCCGGUGGUCCCGGUGCCGAUGCCGGUGGAGAUGCCAGUCGCACCGGCCAGCGCGGCCCCGGCUCCGGCGGCGCCCCCGGCAGCUCCUGUGCAGGCCCCCGCGCCGAUGCCCGCUCCUACCCCGGCGCCUGCCGCAGCCCCAGCACCCGCGGCCCCAAGCCCGGCGCCCGCUCCCGCUCCGGCGCCGAAGCCGGCCCAAGCCCAGCCGCCGGCUCCGGCACCCGCACCCGCGCCGGCCGCCAACCUGAGCUGGGCGGAGCGGGCCAAGCUGGCGUCGUCGGCUGCGGCGUCCGCGGUGAAGCCCAACACGCCUGCAAAGGUGCCUCAGCAGCCGGCCACCGUGCCCGCGCCUGCGCCGGAGCCGGCCUCGGAGGUGGCAGCGUCCGCGGCAGGUACAGUGGCGGAGGGCGAGGCGGUGGCUGUGGCGGAGGUGGCGGAGACGGCGGACAUGGACGAGGGCGUGCCGGAGGCGCUGCCAGCGGCCGUCGCCGGCGACAACAGCGAUGGGGGCUUCGGCGUGUACGUGCAGGGCAUUCCGCAGCUGUCGCAGGCAGAGCUGAAGAAGCUGCUCACGGCGGAGUUCGCGCAGUUUGGCACCUUCGGCUCCUCGGGCGUGAACGUGGUGCGCUCGCCGCGCUUCGGCAUGGUGGCGUACGUGUUCUAUGCGGAUGAGAAGUCGCAAAAGGCUGCACUGGACGCCAGCGGCAAGUUGCGGCUAGCGGACAGCGACAAGCCGCUCAAAAUUCUGGGCGUACUGCCCGAGUUUGAGCGCGGCUUCGCGCCCCGCGGCGGCGGCGGUGGCGGCCGUGGCGAGCGCGGCCGCGGCAGCGGCGUGGGCAGCGGGUACCGCGGCGGGCGCGGUGGCGAGAUGCGCGGUGGGUACGAAGGCGGGCGUGGCGGGCGCGGUGGCCGCGGCGAUGGCGGUCGCGGUGAGCGCCCCUCGAGCGGAUCAGGCGGCCGCGGCCGUGGAGAGGGCGGCCGCGGGGGGCGCGGCGGGGAGCGCGGUGGGCGCGGGCCGCGGGAGUCCGGGAGCGGGCCGAAACAAGCGUAAACCCUUAGUAUAGUAGCAGGUGCAAGUUCUUGUGGCGCGGCGCACAGGUCGUGUGGGGGCGAAUGCAGCGAAGUUGGAAGCGGAAGCGGUUGUCCCUCAUGCAGUUUUCCACGUGGAUGGGGGCAGUCUCCUGUGGGUGGCAUGUGAUGUGUGGGCGCAGAUGUGCAGGAUUGGGACCGGGAUAAAUAUGCCGUUCUCGUCAGUUCAGACUCACAGGGUUGCUGCUCGAUGGCAAGCCCUAGUUGUUGUGGGGCUUCGGAUCGCUGCUGUUGCGAUGCGAAUGCAUUGUGGCAGCAGCGUCGCUGACUGACUGGAUAUGCGCUGGUGUGGUCAGGACCAGGGUGCGAUGGGACACGCGUGUCAGAAGAGACCUCCCCUCACACACGUGCGUUAGUGAAUGGGAAGCAUGAGUAUGACAUGCACUGGGGCAGGUUGUGCGAUCCCAGACGUAAGGCAGACAGACGAUUUGGUGGGCAGAGCGCGGAUGGUGUGGCCGCUGGGCGGGAAAACGAACUACACUGACUUUUGGGGCGCGUACGGCGCAUGAGGAUGGCGCAGCGCCCGAGAGGUAGCUGAGGUGGAAGUGAUGGGAGCCGAGGCGACACUGAAUGAGGAUGUGGCGAUGGAGCUCAGGCAGAGGUGCGUAACGAUAGGUAGCCACUCUUUCCUUGGUGCAGGCUACGGAUGGCAGUACGAUGACGAAACCGCAGGCAAUGUGGACCAAAGUGUUCUAUUGUUGGUGUGGCAGGAGACCUCAUUGGUGGCCGCUGCACGGAAGAGCUAUGCGGGCAUUUUCACAACGCCCCGAUUAUUAAAAUGUAAUGUCCAUGGUCA